AUGGCUGUCAGUAAUGAGCAUGCGACUCCCUCCAUCGACAGUGCUACCACAAAAACCGCGCCGUCAGUGGAUUCAACGCCGGCCAUGAGCGACCAUGUAAACGAGGACCUUGAGAAGGGGACUCGUACGACCGAUCCCGUCGAGGCAGAGAAGCACGAUCUCAAUGUAAACCCGCUAUCAGAGGAAAUUGAGGGCACCACUCCAGCUCCCGCUGGUCCUCCGGGGCCUGGCCCUCCACCGGAUGGAGGAGCUGAAGCAUGGUUGGUCGUGCUAGGAGCCUUUUGCGGACUGUUCGUCAGUUUUGGCUGGAUCAACUGUAUCGGUGUCUUCCAGACGUACUACGAAACCCACCAGCUCAGUAAUUUGUCCACCAGUACGGUGACAUGGAUCACAUCAUUGGAGACUUUCGUCAUGUUCUUCGCUGGUCCCGUUUUUGGUACUCUCUUUGAUAGCUAUGGCCCCCGAUACAUCCUCCUGGGUGGCACAUUCCUCCACGUCUUCGGCCUCAUGAUGACCUCCCUCUCAACGGAGUACUACCAAUUCAUCCUCGCGCAAGGAAUCUGCAGUCCACUCGGUGCAAGUGCCAUAUUCAACGCCAGCAUUAACUCUGUCAGUACCUGGUUUGCCAAACGCCGCGCCUUCGCACUGGGCGUCACAGCCUCCGGAUCGAGUCUGGGAGGAGUGAUCUUCCCCAUCAUGGUGACAAAUUUGAUUCCAGAGGUUGGGUUCACUUGGGCAAUGCGCAUUUGCGCGUUCUUGAUCCUAGCUAUGCUUGGCGUUUCCAAUCUCACCCUCAAGUCGAGGCUGAAGCAUACAAGGAAGCCGUUUAACAUUAUGAAUUUCGUUCGGCCGCUGAAGGAUGUCAAAUUCGUCGUCACGGUUGCUGCGGCCUUUUGUUUCUUCUGGGGUAUGUUCUUGCCUUUUACGUUUGUUAUCACUCAGGCGCAGCGAUAUGGCAUGUCGGAGCAUUUGUCGCAGUAUCUCAUUCCGAUCUUGAAUGCGGCUAGUGUCUUUGGCCGUACACUCCCAGGUUACCUGGCAGACCGCGUUGGUCGAUACAACGUGAUGAUCUUCUUCUCUUAUCUCUCCGGCAUCCUUGUCCUAGCCCUCUGGCUUCCAUCACGCAGCAACGCCCCCGCCAUCGUCUUCAGCGCAUUGUACGGCUUUGGCUCCGGUGCCUUCGUGUCUCUCGCCCCAGCCCUUAUCGCCCAAAUCUCUGAUGUUCGUGAGGUUGGUGUCCGCAACGGUACCUGCUUCUCGAUCAUUGCUUUCGCCGCUCUUACCGGUACCCCUAUUGGCGGUGCCUUGGUUCCUGAUGUUCUGACUGGCUCGUACACGAGGCUGCAGGUCUUCAGUGGCGUGGUCAUGCUUGCAGGUGCGACACUGUUUGUUGUCGCUCGGCUUGUUGUCGGUGGCGUGAAGUUUGGCAAGGUAUAA